CGCGUCCGGAACCGAGCGCCAGGACCUCCGAGCGCAGGCAAAAAGCAAAAGCCGCCGAACCAGUUCACGGACCGCCAAUUACAGAGCAGGCCCCGCGAGAGAGACGGCCGAAGUGGAGGGGGUCUUCCAAGAUGGCGUCUGGCUCCCCCUCUCUCGGGCUGGCGGCCGGUGAGAAGAAACUUGGUUCCCUACCUGGCGACGAAGAAAAGCCCUCCUCGCCGGCGCAGCGCCGACAGCAGCCGCCCCCUCUCCGACGCGUCCCCCCCAGGUCGGCCCGGCGUCGCAGUCGAAGCGAGUCGUUCCCCGUGGAGUAGUCGUGCCGGCGCUCUGCUGCAACCUUGCGGAUUACGCGACCACGCCGCUGGGACCUUCUUGUCCGUGCCGACGCGUGGACCGGCCGGAGUGCGCGGCGACACUGUGCAGCAGCGUGCGGACCGCCAUGAGCCCCGCGUGAGACCGGCUGCCGCUUCAGAGAACGCGCGACGCGACCUGUCUUUGCUUGUGGCCCGCUCCGGGGCGCCCAGGGUGCAAUCCUCGCCCAGCCGCGGCCGGAUGGCGGUCAUGUGCGGCGGCGGCCGCCAAGCUGUCGGAGGGCAGCUACGGUCACGGACAUUAGGCGUAGUCCUCGUGGUCUUGGCCCUCAGCGGGGCCACAUCGGCGAACAUCGACAAGGGCGGAGAACUCAGAUGCCAAGACGGCUGGUCACAAGACGGCGUCUACUGCUACAAAUUCUUCAGUAAUCAGCACUCAUGGAGGAGAGCAGAGGAAGUCUGCCGCAGGUACGGCAGCCAGUUAGCGCUAAUAUUAAAUUACAAUCAAAACAAUUUUACGAGAAGUCUUGCAACUACUGGUCUCAAGGAUGUGCCUCAGAGUGCAUACUGGAUAGGUCUCAAGUCUGUGGACGACCUCUCCACAAAUACGUUGGAGUCAUCGAGCGGCUACUUCAUCCCCAAAUACGUGGGCCACUGGGCUUUGGACCAGCCGCGACCAAAGGACGGCCAGUGCGUGCAGGCGCGCCUCACUGAACGCACCCAGGAGUGGCGCCUGGCUCCGUGCGAGGCACUGCUGCCAUUCAUCUGCCAAGUGCCUGCCUGCCCCGAAGGUUCCUUCCUGUGCAGCAAUGGAAAGUGUCUCAAUAACCGGUGGAUGUGUGACGGACAGGACGAUUGUGGAGAUGAGUCCGAUGAAAUGAACUGCCCAAAAUCGUGCCACUUCUACAUGCAAAGCUCAGGCGAUUCUAUUCAGUCACCGAACUACCCAAACAAGUAUGAACCAAACCUUGACUGCAAGUGGACACUGGAAGGUCCUUUGGGAACUGGAAUCGUUUUACAAUUUUCAGAGUUCGAGACCGAGGCGAAUUUCGACACAGUGCAAGUCCUGUCAGGGGGCAGAACAGAAGAAUCCAGCGUUUCGUUGGUUACUCUUUCUGGCAAGCAAGACCUAAACUCCAAGUCCUUCAUGACAGCAUCGAAUUUGAUGAUCAUCAAGUUUAGAACCGAUGCAUCUGCCGAGAAGAGAGGCUUCAGGGCCAGUUGGAAGACAGAGCCUGUGAAGUGCGGAGGAGAGCUCAUGGCCCAGCCUAGCGCACAGGUAUUGAACUCCCCAAUGUAUCCGGAGCCUUAUCCUGGCGGCUUGGAGUGUCUUUGGGUCAUCACAGCACCUCCAAGCAAGAUCAUCUCACUUGAGAUUGUUGAUUUAGACCUGGAACCAGACAAAGACUUCAUCCUGGUCAGAGAUGGCUCCCUCCCAUCUGAUCCACUUCUCAAAACACUGACUGGCCCUGCAUCAGAAAAUCCACAAUUUCUAAUGUCUACUCGGGAUCGCCUGUAUCUCUACUUCCGCUCAAGCUUUGGUGACAGCAGGCGAGGAUUUUCCAUCCGUUUCCGCUCAGGUUGCGAAGUCGAUAUCACCUCUACCUCUGGCAAUGUUUCUUCUCCUGCUUUUGGUGUUGACAAAUAUCCACCCAACCAAGUCUGUGCUUACCGCAUCACAAGACCUGGAGGGGGACCAGUGUCACUCAAGUUUGAGAAAUUUGCUGUUGCUCCAGAUGAUUUCGUGCAGAUCUAUGAUGGAUCGGACACAAGAAAUGGCAUCAGGCUGCAUCCAGGCCAAGGGUACACAGGUACAAAUAGACCAACCCUCACCCUGACUGCAAGCAGUGGCCAAAUGUUUGUCCUCUUCACCAGCAAUCCCCUAAACACAGCAGCUGGGUGGCAAGCCAGCUUCAGCGCAGACUGUCCUCUUCUAACUGUCGGUGAAGGAGCACUGGCUUCAAGUCGUGAAACAACGUUUGGUGCCAAGGUGACAUAUGUUUGCCCAGCAGGGCAAGAAUUCAGUAAUGGCAUGUCUAAAAUUGUAGCAGAAUGUAUGCCAGGAGGCAAAUGGAGCAUUGGCUCCAUACCAAGGUGCCAAGAACGCUACUGUGGUGCAGUGCCGCAAAUUGACAGUGGCUUUGCUGUGGCAGCAACUAAUGUGACAUAUCGCGGACAAGCAACCUACCAAUGCUAUGCUGGCUUUGCCUUCACGGGUGGCUUCCCGACGCAAACAAUUCGCUGCAACGAAGAAGGCAAAUGGGUCAACCUGCCUACAUGUCUGGCCUCAUCAUGUCCUCCACUGCCUGAGGUGCCACAUACGGUACAUACCAUACUCAAUGGUGGAGGCAAGAACUACGGCACUGUGGUGCGCUUCGAGUGUGAGCCAGGCUACAUUCGCACUGGCUACCCCGUUAUUGUCUGCAAGAGUGAUGGUCAGUGGUCAGCAGCACCACCAACCUGCAAGCGAGCUCAGUGUUUAGACCUUCCGGACAUCAAAAAUGGCUUUGUCCUAGACUCAAGAAGAACAUACUACUUUGAGGAUGAAGCAAAGAUACAGUGCCAUAAGGGCUACAGGCUCGAGGGAAGCCAUGUUGUUACUUGUGGACCUAACCAGACUUUCGAUAACCUUCCAACUUGCCGAGAUAUAAAUGAAUGUGCAUCAUCAUCAGCCUGUGACUCAGCAUCAACUAUCUGCACAAACACUGCUGGAGGCUUCUUCUGCAAGUGCAAGAAAGGCUUUGAGCCCAACCUAGACUGCAGGCCAGUUGGUGACCUCGGACUGAGUAAUGGAGCCAUCCCUGACACAAGCAUUAAAGUUUCUGGUACAGAAGGAGGAUACCACAAAAAU